AUGGUAUAUUUCCAGAACCAGCUGAGCCGAAGGUCUCUAUUGGGUGAUGAUGAUGGUGAUGAUAGUGAUGAUGGUGGUGAGGAUGGUGAGGAUGGUGAGGAUGGUGAGGAUGGUGAGGAUGGUGAGGAUGGUGAGGAUGGUGAGGAUGGUGAGGAUGGUGAGGAUGGUGAGGAUGGUGAGGAUGGCGAGGAUGGCGGUGAUGGUGAGGAUGGCGAGGAUGGCGGUGAUGGUGAGGAUGGCGGUGAUGGCGGUGAUGGCGAUGAUGGUGAGGAUGAUGAUGAUGAUAUUCUAUUAACCUAA